AUGCUUGGCAUUAUCAACCACCUUAUUCUGCCAGACCUGGACUGCCGUACCCUGGUUCGCAACCACUUUUGCCACCUACUGGCAGGACGGAAGUUGCAUGCGAAUCUCAAAGUAGACUACGAUGAAGACAGUACUUCCAGCGAUGACAACUGCAUUGAAGGAGAAGCCGUUCUUAACUGCUUCUUCCAUGUCAUGCAACCAUUCUCACAAAGGAAGAGCUACGUGAAGAAAAUCAAGAACAAGUCUUUUGCAGCGCCGAAAGGAACAGCAUACGGUCAUGUGUCGAACAUCGCUCGAACCAAAUCCAUCGAGCAACGACAAACUGUGACUCAACUGUACCUUCGCGACUGGAGGGAGAACAGGGGAGAAGUGGAUGCUGCUGAUCAUCUAGAGAAGGAAUAUUGCAAGUUCCCCAAAUGGAACUGGAAUUACGCAUGCAGUGGUGAAGUGGGUGUCUACCCUUCGAAUUGUCCUAACGAAAGCUUCAACCGUCAUGGUAUCAAGAGUGUCGCAGCUGAUUGUUCCAAGAACGCUUCACUAGCAUCAUUUCUAGUGCACACUGCCCCGCGAUUGCUGCAAGAAGAUGCGAAUUCGCGCAAUGAUGCCUGUACUAUCGAGAUUCCUCGAACACCAUCUAAAUUUGCUGUUGGAAUUACUGGGUUCUUGCGUGACGGAAUUGAUGUUGUUGAACUUGGCAGAGACGAGUUCGGAAAUGCAUCCAGUUGGUUGGUCAAUGCAGGACAUCGGAUCGGUAUUCCAAUUGAUCAGAGACGAGUAAGACUUGUCCUGGCGGCAUUGGAUGGUGACAAGCAGCCUUUCGAACAAGAACUGUUGCAGCAGAAAUUGCACGCUGGUCCUGAGCAAAUUGCGAACAAGAUGGUACGUGCUACAGAGUCCGUUUGCCACCUACAGUGGCGACAAGGGAACAUUGUUGGUGACUGCGAAGACUGUUACAAGCACCUAGGAUACAGCUGUCCAGGUGCUAUCUAUCUCCGUAGUAAGCAUGGCUUGCUAGUUUCGAAGUUGGAAUUGCUACGAAAGACAAGUGCCAAUGCAAGGGGUGACGCCGCAAAAGCAAGUGCAAGAGGCAACACAAGACAGUUGUACCAGAGUGGUCUCAGAACCAAGUCUACGAAACGUCGGUGCUUGACCAAGAUGUUACAGACGUUCGAUGCUUACCUCGGGACACUCAAUCAUGGACAACUCGCACGUCUUGUGACUUAUCUGAGGCUGUUUCGAGUUGAAGAAAAGGGGAAGGAUCCAAUCCAAGAUCUAACAACCAUGCAACUGCUGGAUUCGCUUGUUUCUUUCUAUGACAAUCCGACAGGGUAUCGCGCAAUGAUACUUGGUGGUAAAGGAAAAGCAACUACGUAUGCUGUCGUGAAACAGAUUGCAUCGAAUAUGAAAAAGGCGUCUAUGCCAGAGAAAGAGAACAACAAAGAGUAA